CAUUCUAUAUAAUCAGCUGAUUUGUCACCGGUUUAGUUUGACGCUGACUUCAUCGAGAACGGACAGUUGAAUGAGUUAGACGCUUGUUGCAUACAAGACUGAAAUGGUUUGUUACAGUUUUUAACCGGAAAAGACAUUUUGGAAUGUGAUAUUAACCACGUUAGUAUACCGAUCAGCUGUUACGCUUGGAUUUCUUUGUGUGCCAAGCCUGCGCAAGUUGUCAGUGUCACUUCAACAUUCAUACGAUACAAGUAAGAUGUUCGAUCAAGUUGCCCACAAGAUCAAAGACCUCUUCAGGAAUCUCUCCGAGAAAACAGAGAGGCACUCAGACUAUGCAUUGGUUAUCGAAACAGACUUCGAACACGAAAAACAUAAAGAUCACCUCGAAUCUCACGUCCCUGGUCUGAAUCAGUAUGGAACAUUUGAAGACAAUGUUGAAUAUAAUCAGUGCUUGAUGUUGAAAAACGAAAUUGAAGAUGCUUUGCGGCAUGCCAGGGAAAGCAAACUUCAAUGUGAGAUCUUGUUCCCAUGUGGGUUGAUCUCUAAGAUAUCUCAAGAUGUUGUGCGCAUGUCACAAGAUGAACCCUAUGGUCUUCGGGGGUGCCUCCUAUACAUCAAUCUGGAAGGAAAGGACUCAUGUCGUAGAAUAGCCAAGAUUGACUGUGACCCUAGAACUGUUGCUACAUUUGAGCUACACCUUAGCUUGAAGGAAGAUAAUAGAGGUUGGGUGAUGAUUCAGAAACUGUAUGUUACGAUUAAAGGUUGUUUCAAGAAUUCCAGAUGGAGGUCCUUGCCCAAAAUCUUAUGUUCAGGUUUUCAACUGGAGAAGACCAAAUUGUACCGGAGCAACAAUUAGAUUAAGCAAUUUUUGCAUCGAUCUAUCCAUGGCAGUGGAGAAUGUGGCAUACUGUGCAGCUAGUUUAGUAUGCAUUUGAGUGCAUGAGUACCAGUUAUUGUUUACACUGGAGUGCUGAAUGAAAGGUGGACUGUAUGUUGUGAUAAAGACUGUGUGAUACACUCAAACUGAAAGCCAUCAUCAGAUGACCACACAGAUGGGAGGGCAGAUCUUCAGGGCUCCUGUCAUGUAAGGAUUUUCAUAUACUGAAUCCAAGACUGUGAUAGAAGAAGUUGGCACUAUGGCAUUCAUUGACUGAUUUUUGUAGAUUUUGUUAGUUCUCUUUUUUAACUGUACAAAUUACCUGUACUCUUCUAAUAGGACAAAUAGACCACAGAAUGACUGUAGUGAUUUGUAUGUUAGUGCACUUUGAUUGAGGCUCUUGUACAUAGUAUACAAGCACUUCCGUAUUUGUUAGCAUGCAGAGAAAUACUUUGUCUGUUUAGUACAAUGUUAUACUCUAUCCAUAAAAUCUUGUAUUUUUUUAUGCUGCCAAAUGUAAGACAAUAUGUCAUACAAUUGUACAAGUGCUAAUUCACUAUCAGAAACAAGUCAUUAACAGACAAUCAAAUAAGAUGAAUAAAUGAAAUCCAGGUUUUCUCUAAACAAAUCUUUCUCUUUCAUCAAAAUCCUAAACUUUUAGAAUUUCAUUAAUUUCUUGUCUAAAUAAUAUAGAUGUUAAAAAAUAAACAUCAGAUUUAGUUUCAUUUUUCUUUUAAAAGUUGCAUUACUGUGCUAUUUUGUCCAAAUCCAAAUGGUAUUGCUGUGGAAGAGAACUUGUCCUUCUUUUAUCUGAAAAAUGGGAAAAAAAUGCUCUAAAUUUUUUUCCAACAUUUUAUUGAAAUGUUUACCAAUAUUUUACCAAGCAAGAAAAAAUAGGAUAUUCUCUGACAUCAAAGAAAUAUCCAAUGUCUGAAAACAUAAGUAAUAUGUGGCUGUAUGAAAUGUGUUUCUUAUUGUUGGUAUCAUUUUGAACAAAAAAUCCUUUUACUUAGAAAAUCAACAAUAUAUUUUAUUCAUACCUUUCAAUGGUUUAACAUCAUUUAUAACUUACUUUGCUGUCGAUGGUAAUAUGCUUGUAAAUUAAGAUGAUAUAAAUGUUGGCUGAGAUUUGUGAUAUUACAUUAAUUCUACUUAAAAUGGCGACAUUCUAUAAGUAUUACUUUGGCACUCUGUGCUCCUAUUGGCUUACAUUUCUGGGUGGUGUUUCAAUAUGAUCUGCUCUUGUUUAUGCUAAAUACUUUAUUCUUAAUUUAUGACAUCAGCAUUUACAGCUUACUGUUACUGCCAUCAUGUAAUGAGUGCAAUAAUUGAUUGCGAGGUUGUGAUAAUCCUGUAUGCAGAUUGGCCUCAUUGUGUUUGUAUUUGCAUUACACAAUAGUAGCCUACAGCGGUAUUACAAUUCUACAAUAUCUGAUGAAUGUUUCAUACUUUUGCAUUUUCUUACAUUAUCAUUAAAUGUUAUCAAUUUUA